CACAUUGACAUAGCUGUUAUGCAUAGGAACUAGUGUCACUGUAUAUUCUCUGAGCACCCCAUUUCACUUUGUGCAGAAGCAGCCAUGUCAGCUCUCUCUGAAUUCCUCUACCACCUCAAAACCAUUACCAAAGCCUACUUCAGUCUCCUGGUUCUUGAAGUUAUAAUUCUCAUCACGUCAAUCAUGGGAUUAACCCCCAAGUCCGAUAAAAGCCUAAUCACCUCCAACCAAUACCUCAACCUCAUCGAAGAAAAUAAUCCCACCACUCGUUACGCCAAGAGAUUGAGGACGAAUCAGCAGACUGAAUGUGCUGUGUGUUUGUCAGAAUUCAAGGAAGACGAGGAAAUUAGGAAGCUGAAAUGUAAGCACAUUUUCCAUAAGGAUUGCCUGGAUAGGUGGCUGCAACAGUACUGUUCCGCCACUUGCCCACUUUGCAGGAACAAAGUUUUACCGGAUGAUGUUGUUGCAAGUUAUCACAGGAUUCGAGACCGUGUGGAUUAUGAUGAGAGUGAUGAGGAAGUUAUUUUAACGUUAUCUGCAUUACAUCGCACUGGUUUUCCUGGAUUUUUUUGAGUUCUCUCUUUGAAAGUGUUGAGGUCCUGAGUUUUAUACAUAGAAAUUUCAUAUUUCUUCGGCUUAAUGUUUGUCUAAGUGACUCUGGUGAAAGGAUAUUAAGAUGAAUUUCCCAACUCACCUCAAUAUAAAUAUGACUUCUGGCU